CCUGCAUCAUUUGACCCGUUGUGAAUCCAGCGACCCGACUACCGACCCCCAGUCAUCCAAUCACCUUCACCAGGUGACAAAUCCCAGCUGGUCUACUCGGAGGCUACUUGGAUUGUUACCUGAUGAAUAUCAACAACCAUAUCACCCAGACACCAGGACAAGGUUUUGCACUUGGAAAACAAGUGCAGUAGGACCGCCAGAGCCCUUGUCUGAAGCUCGAAUGUCGCAUCUCACAAUGUCGGAACAGGAGCUUGAGGGUUUAUCAGUUCUCAAUUCCACGCCUACCCUCCUCGAUGGUCCAAACCUGCUGCACGAGCUUGUUCAAAGAACGACAACCAAUAAUGGACCCGCCAUUGACUUCCUACCCCGAGAUGGGAAGCCGGUCUCUCUCUCAUACGCAGAGUUACACGAGGCCUCAGAUGCACUCGCAGCCCGCAUCUCCCAAGAAUUGGCCACACUACCCAAAAGACGACCCGGAGACCAGCUUAUUAUCCCCCUUAUGAUAUCCCAAAGCCCAGAGCUCUACAUCGCAACGCUGGCUGUCCUGAAGGCCGGUGGUGCCUUUUGCCCCCUGAACCUCGAUGCCCCAGCUGACCGGAUCAAGUUCAUUCUUGGCGACAUCAACGCAAGUCUGGUUUUGGCCGGUUCUUCGCUGGUGGAUAGGAUACCGAAGGAGGGUAGCACUCUCAAUAUCUUACUCGUUGGAGACGAACAUGAAGUAUCCGUUGACGACCUCAGCGAGGGGGUGAAAUUGCCGACGAGAAUCCCCGCCAAAGAUGACCUGGCCUACGUGAUGUACACCUCAGGGUCGACUGGCAUACCAAAGGGGGUCGGCGUCUCUCAUCUCGCGGCAACCCAAAGCUUGUUAGCACAUGACAGACACAUUCCAGCCUUCAAUCGCUUCCUCCAGUUCGCUGCACCUACCUUUGAUGUCUCGGUGUUUGAGAUAUUCUUUCCCCUGAAAAGGGGUGCCACCUUGGUGUGUUCCAACAGGACAGACAUGCUCACAGAUCUUCCAGGAGUCUUGCGGAAGAUGAACGUGGAUGCAUGUGAGCUGACGCCGUCUGUGGCUGGCAGUCUCCUAAAGAGCAGGAGUAACGCCCCAAAUCUGAAGCUGAUUCUGACCAUUGGCGAAAUGUUGACCCAACCGGUUGUUAGCGAAUUUGGAGGUGAUCCGAAGCGAGCUAGCAUGCUUUGGGGCAUGUACGGGCCUACUGAAGCAGCGAUUCACUGCACACUACAGUCUGCAUUUAGCGCCGAAGCUUCACCAAGCUGUAUCGGCUUUCCACUGGAUACAGUUUCGGCAUUUGUAAUCGGUCUGCCAGUGGACCCUGCAGAUCCGAAACCAUUCAGUAUACUGCCCAUUGGCCAAAUUGGGGAACUUGCAGUGGGCGGCCACCAAUUGGCAACCGGUUAUAUCAACAACCCGGAGCAAACUGCCAGUGCAUUUAUCAACACGCCUUUCGGACGAGUCUACAAGACGGGCGAUAAAGCGAGGAUGAUGCCUAAUGGGACAAUUGAGUGUCUCGGACGGGUCGCUGAAGGACAGAUCAAAUUAAACGGCCAGCGCAUCGAGCUCGGAGAGAUACAAAACGUGAUGCUACGGGCUCAAGGAUGCCACGCCGCGUUCGUAUGCGUCAUGUUCAACGUUCUGAUAGCAUUUGCAGCCGUUGAUGAUCCUGCUGGCAUGCAAGAUGUCAUCCUAGCCACCUGCAAAAAGUGGCUGUCUGCCUUCAUGGUACCCACAGAAAUUAUUGUCAUGGAAGACUUCCCAAGGUUACCAUCAGGGAAGAUCGACAGGCUUAGGCUUAAGGAAAGCUAUAAAUCAGUCAACCUAACAAGCAAAAGCGACACUCAGUAUCGAGACGACCUGGAACGAUCGUUGUGCGAAACUGCGAGCCAAAUCCUGCAAGCAAACGUACAAACUUCAACCAGGUUGGCCUCAGUAGGACUUGAUUCACUUUAUUCCAUCGAAUUCGCUUGUCAACUACGCGAGAGAGGACUAGGCAUCACCACGGUGGAUGUGCUAGAAGCGGGCACGAUAUCUGACCUCCACAGGCUGAUCCAGAAAAAGAAAACGAAUAACGACCCACUCCUGCACCUCACCAACGGCCAUCACGCACCUGGCUCAAACGAACUACUUGAACUGCUACGAGGAGAUCCCGGAUGCAGCAAACUUGAAACUGAAAUAGACGCCGUCAUUCAAUGCACCGCAUUGCAGACCUCUAUGAUCGUGGAGACGCUGAAAGACUCCAGAUUAUACAUAAAUCAGUUGGAGGUUCGGUUCCCAUCCAAUCCCACUCCGUCUAAUGUCAGAUCGUGGAUUAUCGAGGCUACACAACGGAACGAAAUACUCAGAACGGGUUUCAUUCAGCUCGAUGGUUCCUUUGUUCAAAUUGUUUGGAAUUGCCUUGCGGAUGAACAAAUAUCAAUUGUGGACCAUUUCAGCCCAGUCAACACUCAGGACGCCGAAGUGUUUCUCCGCCGCCCUUUCUAUGUCGAGAUACUUAAAGGCGACGAAACUGGCCCAAGUAUUUCUAGAAUAACGAUACACCAUGCUCUUUAUGAUGGUUGGACUUUUGACUUGCUUCUGGACGAUCUUACCAUCCUAGCUCAUGGAGAGGCACCGCCGGAUCGACCUCAGUUCCGGGAUAUUGGCAAGGAUCUGGGCACAAUAUCUACGAGAAAUGAUCAUGCCAGUGCUAAGGAGUUCUGGGCUGAAUACCUGAGAGGCAGCCCAGGUAGCUCACUGCCCAACUUCAGGACUGUCGCAAUUCCACGACCAGAGAUUUUGACAACCGCUCACAAGAUCACCGUUAAUCCAGAUGCAAUUCGACAAAUAUCAUUGCAAUCCGGCUUUAGCUUGCAGGCCGUUUUCCAAGCAUGCCUUGUAUGGCUGUGGGGUGCCAUGGUAGGCACUCAAGACGUCACAUUCGGAUCUGUGUUUUCAGGUCGCACGUUGCCAAUAUCAGACAUUGAAAGGGUCAUGGGGCCCUGUAUUCAAACUCUACCUGUGAGAGUUGACAUUAGUGACUCGCGCACCAUUUCCGAGCUGAUUCACUGUCUACAUUCCAUCAAUCGCCAGAUAAUUCGACAAGAUCCUCUACCGCUUGAAGGAAUCAAAAGAGCCGCUGGAAUGCCUCUCUCAAGCAAGCUAUUCGAUGUACUUUUUGUCUACCAAGAGUCUCUGGCGAGUCGAAAGCGUGGUGCGGGCCAUGGUGUUGUUAAAGAAAUCUGGCAUAAAGAUUCACUGGAGACAAAGCUCCUUGUUGAGAUCGAACCGUGCGACGACCACUUUGCUGCCACCUGGACGUGGCAUUCAGAUGCAUUCGAUGAGUCACAGAUCGAAUCUUUCGCACGUCAUUUUGAUCAACUGGUGCAUCACUUUUCUGAGCAUCUCAAUGAACCCAUCAGUUCAGUACAAGGGUCUUUUCCGUCGCAAUUGCUGUCUACGUACACAUCUGGACUAGAGUCAGUGGAAACACUCUCCAGCAUCGCCGAGUUGGUAGAAAAGGCAGUCACAGAAUCUCCGGAUGCCAUAGCUCUCUGCUUUGCUGAUUCCGUUGGGAAAGGGUUGAUGCAAACUCGCACGUUGACCUACGCGGAACUGAACCAAACUGCCAAUCAGAUCGCGAGACAUCUUCAAGCAUGCGGAGUCGAACCGGGUGGAAUUGUUUCUAUAGUCAUGGAAAAGUCCCUGUUGUUAUACUGCGGGAUACUGGGGAUACUUAAGACGGGCUGCGGAUAUCUCCCAAUCCUCCCGUCCACCCCUAUCAAACGGGUACAUCUAAUACUGGAGCAAGCUCAGCCCCAACUUUGUAUCAUUGGCGAUGCUUCCAAACCGUUCAAAGAUGGUCUAUUUCCUUGCAGAACGAUCCAUAUUCAUGACCCUGCAAUUUCAACCUAUAAUGACACAAAUCUCAGGAUACCCGGAUACCCCUCACAACUCGCCUACAUCAUAUACACAAGCGGGACGACGGGGACUCCCAAGGGUGUAUCUGUCACGAACAAAAACUUACUCAGCAAUAUCGAGGUUCUCACACGCAUUUAUCCACAUGACAGCAAUUCGAAAAUGCUUCAAGCUUGCUCUCAGGCCUUCGACGUCUCGGUUUUCGAGAUCUUCUUCACAUGGGCCAACGGCAUGUGUUUAUGUGCCGCGACGAAUGACACCCUGUUUGAGGACCUGGAAAGGACAAUUCAAUCGUUUCAAGUCACACACCUCAGCAUGACUGUUACUGUGGCUUCUCUAAUCAACCCGGAACACGUCCCCGGUGUAGAGUUCCUCGUCACUUCAGGGGAGGCAAUGACGGAUGAGGUUCUAGCGAAGUGGUCGAAGGUUCUCUACCAAGGUUAUGGCCCAUCCGAGACGACAAAUAUUUGCACAGUGCGCAAGGUUUCGCCAGGCGAUUCAUCACAAUAUCUAGGUUGGUCGUUUGAAAACACCUCAUCCUUUGUUAUGAACCCCAAUUCGAACGAACUUGUCCCUUUGGGAUGUAUAGGCGAGCUCUGUUUCGGAGGCGACCAGGUUGCAGCUGGUUACCUCAAUAUGCCAGAACUCACCGCGAUCAAGUUUUCUGAGCACGCCCAGUACGGUCGCCUUUAUCGAUCUGGUGAUCUGGGCCGUAUGCUCCCUGAUGGCUCUUUAAUUAUUCUUGGACGACUCGACACACAGGUCAAGUUGAGGGGCCAGCGAAUUGAACUUCAGGAGAUCCAAGGCAUAGUUCUUGGUUCGAGCUUAGUGAGGGCUUGCGCAUGCGGACUUCUCAAUCGCAGAGGCGAGACUUCUCAGCAGUUGGCACUAUUUUACGUGCCAUCUACCUACGAGGGACAACCAUUCAAAUUCUUGGCUCUCAAUUCAGAGCUCAAAUGCCUGAAUGCUGAGAUUUCACAGAUCCUGCAAAGUUCGUUGCCGGCUUACAUGGUCCCUUCCUUUUUGUUUCCUAUCGCUAGCUUGCCCCUGACUUCGUCUGGUAAGAUCGACACGGCACGCCUCCGUCAGACAGCAAUCGAACUAUCCGAUGAUUUGUUGAGCCAAUGCAGCUUCGCUGCUGAUAUUAGAGCAGAUACAACAGAGUGGACCAAGACAGAACUUCAGAUCGUCGGCGCAUUGGUGGAGACGCUCAGUGUGGAUAGGAGCACCAUCAAUCGUUGGAGCUCUUUUGCGGCCCUUGGGUUGGACUCAAUUUCAGCGAUUCCGUUAGCAAGGAAGUUGCAAAUGAGGUUAAAAGCGAGGAUACCACUGUCCCAAAUCCUACAGAAUCCCAGCAUCGGCCGGCUCGCUCAGUCGUUUGCCACUGCAAUCGUACCUGCCAACAAUUCCCUGGAAACUACCCUUUCAGUCGCGACCACCGACUAUGGCUUAUUACCAAGCUUGUUGACUAAGAGCAUUCGCGCGCGCUUCACAACUUGGGGAAUCGACAGCGUAGAGGCCAUUCUGCCCUGCACACCUCUUCAGGAGGGUAUGCUCGCCUCUUCAGGGGAGGGAAACUCCUAUUGUAACCAAAUUCUGUUUAAGAUUAAGAGGGCUUCUCAAAAUCGGAAAAUCUUGGACUACUGGAAUGAGAUGAUCAACAGACAUGCCAUCCUGCGGACUUGCUUUGCGGCCACUGAAGACCCGGAGUUCCCAUUCGUGCAAGUCGUGCUGCCUGCUCAAGCAGAUAUGACGGAAUUUAAUAUUCUUUCAACCGAUGACACCUUGUCUCCGAAACAAGGACUUCAACAAGUUGUGGAUGAACACCUGAAAAUGGCACCCUCAGCAGUUGACUCAUACAAGCCACCGAUGUCAAUCGCCAUGAUCAACCAAGACGCAGCGGAGUCGCAUCUCAGUUUCGUCUGCCACCAUGCGCUUUACGAUGGCGUCGCCAUGGGUAUUCUGCUUGAUGAGAUCCAAUGUUUGGCAACAGGCAAGAAGCUCCAGGCUCCCCCUUCCUUUGAGCCCUUCCUUAAAGCAUUGUCACUGCCGUCGGACGUGGAUGAUUUCUGGAAAGUCCACUUUGACUCAUUCUCCCCAUUGGCUCUUCUACCAAGCGAUGGUGUGAAGGAUGAAGCAAGCAGCGCGUCAACGCAGGUUUCUGGUCGAUGUCAGAUGCCACUCCAAGCUAUCGAAGCCCGACUACGUGAACUCGGCGUUUCGCUCCUGUCGACUUGUCAAGCAGCAUGGGCCGCCACCUUGGCGGCCGCGCUUCACUGCGAGGAUGUCUGCUUUGGUAACGUCGUCAGUGGUCGUUCCAUCGCGUUGGAUGACAUUGACAGACUUGUUGCUCCUUGUUUCAAUACUAUCCCAGUCAGAAUUGAACUGUCCAGGUUGACAUCAAACCGCGAUUUGAUGAAGCGGCUCCAAAGCUUGGACGCGACUAUGCUAAAGUACCAGUUUACGCCACUAAGGAAAGUUCAGAAUUCAUUGGGCCUCGAAGGCGAAAAGCUGUUUGACACCCUACUGCUACUCCAACCACCGGCUAAACCACUCGACGAAACGAUUUGGACCUUGGAGAUGGAGAGAGGCGACGUCGAUGUCCCCAUCGUCUGCGAGUUGCUUCCUUCCACGGCCAAAGAUGUGCUGGAUGUCAUCGUUCAUCGUGAUGUCAACUUAUUUCCUGAGAGCACGACCCAGCUACUAUGCAAUCUGUUUAUAUACGCUUUCAACGCCUGUCUCCAGUUUCCAUCUUCCGAGGUCGACCUGGUCCCUAAUUUACCAGCGCAUCUCAAGGAGUCAUUACAGAAACUACCACAGGCACCAAAACAGAUCAAACAACCCCCAGCAACAGCGACACUACUAGCAGAGGAACCAUGGACAGAUGAAGAGUUGACAGUCCGUGCCGUGGUGUCGAAAUUGUCCCGGGUGCUCGAGUCGAAGAUCGGAAGACACACGUCGAUCUACCGUCUAGGCUUAGACAGUAUCAGUGCAUUUCAAAUUGCGCAUAUCCUAAACCAGGAGGGAUUUACGGUCUCGGCGGUCGAUGUGUUAGAGAGCGCAACUUGUUCUGGAAUUGUGUCACGCAUACAAAACUCUGAUCACAGCAAACCUCUGCCAAAUUAUGAUGUUGAUCUCUUCAGUCAAAUUGUCAAAAGAGAGUUGAGCGCUGCCAGCUUACCAGCGCAACCCGUAACCAUUUUACCCUGCACACCAUUACAGCAGGGAAUGAUAUCCCAAUUCAUUCUGUCUCAAGGGAAGAGCUAUUUCAAUUUUGUCAGCUGGACAGUCAAUGCGGGCAUCGAUGCAGACCGAUUACUCGAAGCCUGGACGGCAAUAUUAACGAGACAUGAGAUUCUUCGUUCUGGAUUCGUGUCUGUCAGCCACCCCGACACAUCAUUCGCCAUUCUCACGUAUAGCGAGACCGAAAUAGCCACGCCAAUCAAAGUUCUCGACUCACAAGUGUUCAACAUGGAUGAAUGGCGGUUGGGUUGUGCCCGUCAUGCACUCGAGAACCUGUCGUUGCCACCUUGGCAACUCGCGCUAGUCAGUGACGCUGAAUCUGUCAAGAUGCACAUGGCCAUACAUCAUGCACUUUACGAUGCGUAUUCUUUGGAGAUACUUAUGCAUGAACUUGCACUGCUAUUGCAAGGCAAUGAGCUACCCCCAACCAAGCCCAUUCAAGUCGCUGUGUCGACUAUUUUCGGGCAUAUGGCUGCAGAGAGAACCGAAGCUGAAACAUUCUGGAAGAACAAGGCUGCUAACCUUGUGGUCAAUUCAUUCCCUGUCAUGACGCCUUUGCGCGUCGAGACGCGGCAGCAGAUGCAUGUCUCCCACGACUUCCGGGUGUCCCCAUAUGCCUUAAGGGAAAAGGCCGCUACAAUUGAUGCAACUCUUCAGGCAGUACUGCAGGCGGCUUGGGUCAGAGUUCUCUCAUCGUAUCAUGGCGAUGCCGCUGUCACAUUUGGUGUCGUACUCUCUGGCCGUUCGGGUGAGCAUCUGAACGAAGCUUUGUUUCCUCGCAUCACAACCCUGCCCGUCAUGGCUCGGAACAUCGACUCGAACAAAAAGCUAUUGCAGUCCAUGAUGCGGUACAAUGCCAGUCUGCGCCGAUAUGAACACACGCCGCUUUCGCAUGUUCAAAGGUGGAUUGGGAGUCCGAACGCCCUGCUAUUCGACACGAUCCUUGUGUUUCAGCAAGCCGCAUCGGAGGACAAGGAGAUGCAGCCGUGGAUAAUUGAUACUGAGAAGGCAGUGGUUGAGUAUCCCGUUUCGCUUGAAGUGGAGGAGCACUCUUCCGAGACGAUGCGAAUGAACCUCGUCUUCUACGACGAUAUUCUUCCCACUGAGCAGGCUGAGUUGGUCCUGCAGCAAUUCGAUGCGAUGUUGAUGCAUCUUCUGAACAACCCCGAUGGCGUUGCAGAUGGUCUUGGCGCGUUGAAGCCGGAGCUGUUUUCCUUGCUCCCGGCUGAGCAUGAUAAGCUGCCUACGGAGGUGAGACUAAUGCAUCAAUUCGUCGAGAAAAGCGCGUUGAAUCACCCUGACAAGCUAGCUCUGGAAUUUGCGAGCGAUCUGGACGAGGAUGUCCCGAGAAGGCGGUGGACCUACGGCGACCUGAACGAGUGUGGUAACAGAGUUGCCAAUUAUCUCGUUGUCAAUGGAAUCAAGCCUGGUGGCACUGUAGCCGUUUUGUUUGACAAGUGCCCAGAAGCAUACAUGGCGAUAUUGGGAAUUUUGAAAGCGGGAUGCGCCUUCGUGGCGUUGGACCCGAGUGCGCCAGCUUCGAGAAAAGAGUUCAUAUUGCGCGAUUCAGGCGCGACCGCGCUCCUUGUACAGGGCGACGGUGAAGAGGACUUGGGAUUCAAUUAUCCGAUACAGGUUCUCAGAGUAGCUCUUGGGCACCUUUCCUCAUACCUUUCAACCACUCCUAUACUGCAGAGGGAAAUCACUGGCGAGGACACCUGCUACUGCCUAUACACGAGUGGCACGACAGGCACGCCCAAAGGGUGUCUCAUCACCCACGACAACUGCGUACAAGCUAUGCUCGCCUUUCAACACCUCUUCGCGGGGUAUUGGGAUGCCGAAUCUCGAUGGUUACAGUUCGCAUCGUUCCACUUCGACGUAUCGGUUCUAGAGCAAUACUGGUCGUGGUCUGUGGGUAUUGCCGUGGUCGCAGCACCAAGGGAUCUAAUUCUUAGUGAUUUGAUCUCGACAAUCUCUACCCUGGACAUAACGCAUAUCGACUUGACGCCUAGUCUGGCAAGAUUGGUGCAUCCCGACGAUGUCCCCAGUCUAUGCAAGGGCGUCUUCAUCACAGGCGGCGAGCAACUGAGACAGGAUAUCCUGGAUGUGUGGGGGGAAAAGGGGGUUAUCUACAAUGCGUACGGUCCAACCGAGGCCACGAUCGGUGUCACAAUGUAUUGUCGUGUCCCGCGAACUGGGAGAUCCAGCAACAUCGGCAAGCAGUUCCCGAACGUGGGGGCAUAUGUCCUUCGUCCGGGGACCGAUGUGCCUGUUCUGAGAGGUGGGGUGGGUGAAUUGUGCAUCUCGGGGAAGCUGGUCGGCAAGGGGUAUCUUAACAGAGAUGAACUCACACACGAACGCUUCCCGACACUGCGUGGGUAUGGGGAGAAAGUGUAUCGCACAGGUGACCUAGUGCGGGUGCUGCAUGAUGGAUCUUUUGACUUCUUGGGCAGAGCGGAUGAUCAGGUCAAACUCAGGGGCCAGAGGCUGGAGAUUGGAGAGAUCAACCACACAAUUCGGAGUGGUGUGGCACAGAUAGUGGAUGUGGCCACCCUCGUGACUAAGCAUGGUAAUCAAGAUCGAGAUGUGCUGGUCUCGUUCGUCGUCACAGAGGUACACCAGGAUAGAAGUCGGGAUUUGGUCGCUCUUACCGACCAGAAGAGUGUCCGAGUCUGCGAAGAGGCACGAGAGGCUUGUGGUGCCAAACUUCCAGGAUACAUGGUGCCGACGUAUGUCUUGGCCGUGCCAUUCAUCCCGCUAUCUGCAAACAACAAAGCGCAAGCCAGCGUCUUAAAACAACUUUUCAACGAUAUUCUACCGGGAACACUAAGCUCGCAUCUUUCUUCCACGAACGAGCCACUUGAACGAACCGAACCGCACCUAGCUCGUGUACUGGCUGAGGUCACGGGAACGGAAGCUAGCGAAAUAAAGAAGGGCAAUACCAUCUUUGACCUCGGGAUUGACUCGAUUUCGGUCAUUAAACUGGCAAGAUGUCUACAGGCUGCUGGGUUCAGCCGUUCUAACCCAUCCGCGAUCUUGAGAAACCCGCGACUGAGUGCGUUGGCCGGCAUUCUUCGCGAGAGCUCCGACAUUAGCAGUUCGUUGAUGCUCAGCGAUGGAGUCGUAAAUCAAUUUCUCCGGAUCAAGCAGUCGAUCCUAGCGUGUUAUCAUCGCCACCUUGGAGCAGUGUGUCGCGCAUUUGCAGUGGAUAGAGGUGAGAUGGAGUACAUCGCGCCUUGUACACCACUGCAAGAGGGUAUGCUGUCCAGAUCAACCACCGCCGAUGGAAAGGCGGCAUAUUUCAAUGUAUUUCAAUUCGACAUCGCCUCAAAUGUCGACAUGGAGCGAUUGAAAGACGUCUGGUUUGCUGUAGUCAAAGACCACUCGAUUCUCAGGACGAAGUUUCUCCAAACGGCUGACGGAUACGUUCAAGUCGCCCUGAAGAACCCAUCUUUUGCCUGGAAUGCGUUUCAAGUCGAGACGAAUAACCUAUCGCAUUUCUUGGAAAAUAGAUACGACCAAUGGGUUCAAUUUAACAGCGGUGACUUUCAGAGACCGCUGGAAGUUGACUGCAUCGCACAUCGAGACAAACAGAUGCUGGUGAUACGCAUCUUCCAUGGCCUUUAUGAUGCGCGCAGUUUCGAUUUGGUACUUAAAAAUGUCAAAGCGGUCUACAGACAAGAAACUACGGAUUCGGGCCCAGCUUUCAUUGAUGUACUGCCGCAUGGCCCCUUGUGCGAUUAUAGCGGUACGAGGCCGUUCUGGACGCAGUUGUUUGAGGGCUUCACAUUUCAACCAAUGUCAAAUCUUCUCAGUCAAACUGAGAUACCGACCGAUACGAUCAGGCCAGACGUAGUAUUAUCCAGAGAGCUCAACAUAGAAGGCCUUGAGCGAAAGAGGAGAGAACUAAGCGUCACGCAGCAGGCCAUACUUCAGGCUGCCUGGAUCGCGGUGCUCCGACAACGUUUCACGGCUUGGCCAACGAUUGGCAUUGUGCUUUCAGGCAGAUCGAUGAUGAUUGAAGGGGUUGAGAACACCAUCGGACCACUUUUCAACACGCUUCCAUUCCGUGUGAAAAAGUCUAAUCCCUCGUCGACGUGGUCGGACUUGAUCCAGGAGACCCACCAGUUCAAUGCCUCAGUGCUAUCAUUUGUCCAUGCCCCUCUCCGCCAAAUCCAAAAGUGGUGCACAAAUGGGCAGCCGCUUUUUGACACGCUAUUUGCCUUUGGCCACGAGGAGGUAUCGAGUGGGGAGGAAGAGUUGUGGACUGAAGUUGCCUCGACGUCGCAAUCCGACUAUCCCCUUGCGAUUGAAGCAACUGCGAAGAGCGCCAAUCGGGUGAAGAUCACCCUCGUGGCUCAGCCUCAUAUCGCUACUAAAGGCGCGCUUAGCUCGCUAUUUGAUGAGCUUGAUCAGGCGCUGUCAUCAAUUGCUGAAGGUGGUGAGCUCUCAAUAUUGACUGAAGAUUCAACCGACCCUAGGGGUAGUUCAGGGACAACUGCCCGUGUUCUCCUAAACCAGUCGCAUGCAACAUUGCAGGAUGCCCAGGAUUGUGCGAUUAUUUGGACCGAUCAAGCCCAAAAACUGCGUCACGAGGUUGCUGCGCUCGCCGAGGUUCCUGUCGAAAGUGUCAAGGGGAAUACCACGCUGUUUGAAUUGGGUUUGGACAGCAUCGAUGUCGUCAAGCUUGUCGCACGACUACGGCGAAUUGGACUCAGUCUAAAAACGAGUGAACUCAUGAAGCGGCCUACGAUUAAUGGGAUACUUUCUUUCGAUAAUAAUGGCAUCGCUAUCAAGAAAAGCUCGACUUUGCAAAUAGCGCAGCUUGAGGAGCAGAGCUCAGUUCUCAAGUCCUUCAUUAAAAGAGCCGGUCAUAACAUGGAACAGUUUGAGGCCAUUCUGCCACCCACACCACUCCAGGACUCCAUGGUUGCUGAAAUGCUUCUUUCAGACUUUCAAAGAUACUUCAAUCACGACAUCCUCGAAUUUUCUUCUGACACCGAUACUCAAAAGUUGAAGGGUGCACUGGAAUUGGUUAUCGCAAACUCUCCCAUCCUCCGAACAACAUUCGUGGAAGUCGAUGACCCAAAUAUCGGCUCAGCAUACUGCCAAGUCGUACGAAAGCAGAUUGAUUCAUUCCAUAUAUUUGGAUCACUCAGAAACGUGGACCAGCUAGACGACGUCAUAGAACACACACGACAGAAAGCUGCUGCAGCUAAGGGGACAGCUCAUCUAUUACAGUUCACACUUGCCACGGUUGCCGGUCAAAAGACGUAUCUCGUCUUCUCAAUUGCGCACGCACUCUAUGAUGGUGCAUCUCUGGACAUGUUCCACCGGGAUGUGCUGUCUGCGUAUGAUGGAGUCUAUAAUCCUCGCCUUUCAUAUGCACCUACCUUGGGUGCUAUACUGGCCAGCCACGGCGAGCAAGCCGAGAGCUUUUGGGGCGAGUUCUUGCAGGGCACUGUUCCGACUCUCCUCGCUUCUCGGUCAAAUGCCGUAGCCCUCAAACAACCAAAGAGCACGGUACACAGGUUGGAGUUCUCGUCGCAAGUGGAUCUCACAAUCAUCAAGAAAUUCUGCGCCCGCCAUGGAAUCACGGCCCAAGCCCUAGGACAAUCCUGCUGGGCCGCAGUACUAGCCUCUGUCUCCCAAUCGCUAGAUGUCGUCUUCGGCGUCGUGCUUUCGGGGCGAGACACGGAUGAAGCACAGGGGCUCAUGUUUCCGACUAUGAACACAGUCCCUGUGAGAGUUGUGCUUCAUGGGAGCACGACAGAAUAUCUGGAGUAUAUCUGGGAGAACCUGAAGAAUAUCAAUGAGUUUCAGGGCUUUCCCCUGAGGAUGGCGAUGAAGCUUGCUGGUGGUGGAUGCGGUGAAGGUGGUAAAAUUGGGGUAGGGGGGGCAUUGUUCAAUACGCUAUUUACGAUGCAGAGUCGUUCUGGUGAGAAGGAAGACCAUGUAAAAGAGGGAAGGUUAUGGAAAUCUGUGAAGUCGGCGGCAGAGAUCGAGUACCCUGUCUGCGUCGAAAUGGAACUUUUCGAUGCGGGUUUGGCGUGGAGAGUUGCGUGUGAUGAGUCUUUCCUUACGCACGAACAGGCUGGGGAGAUAAUGGGAAACUUGGAUCGGGUUUUGAAAUUCCUUGUUCAUGAGGACAGCAGGGACGUACUCAGGUUUGAAGAGCAGGGAGGGAAGGUGUCUGUCUGUGGAUUGACGCCCUUCUCGCUCAAUCACCCCAGCAAGAAUAAUGGGGCGGAGGGCCAGCAGAGCCUGCCUCGUCGCGAUGAGACUUGGAGCCAGUCGAAAGAGGCGAUAGUCAUCGUCGAGGUCUUGGCCGAGGUUGCUGGCGUCUGCCCCAAAGAUGUCAGGCCGGGUAUGUCGAUUUACCACCUCGGCCUAGACUCAAUCAGUGCCAUCAAAGUCAGUGCCAUGCUGCGGAAACGGGGAAUGGUCAUUUCAGUCAGAGACUUGGUUAGAGGUGGAUCCCUUGGAGGUAUCACAUCCAAGAUCCAGGCUACUCAACCAACCAGAACGGCUGAGGUAAUUUCACAGUCUGGCGUAUUCCAUCGCGCUGAAAAGAUGUUGAAGGACCUCGGCAUUAAUGUUACAGGAGUUAUCUCUGGGAUUGGGUUAAGCAAAGAGACAGUCGAGAUGGUUUUGCCAGCACUACCAGUACAAGUUCAUAUGCUCAGCAUGUGGCAGAACACGGAAGGGGAACUGUUCUUCUACCAAUUCGAGAACGUACUACCAAGUCAUGUCUCUAAGAAUGCAGCGAAAAGAGCUUGGUCUGCUCUGGUUGAUGAGAUGCUCAUCCUCAGGACAACCUUCGCAGCCACGGGGUCUCACACAGUGCCUUUCGUCCAAAUUGUCACGAGGGCUGACCAAAAGCAGCAGGGUGGAGAGGAUGAUGAAAAUCCUGACGUCUGGGAUUUCAAGGCCUCUAGCAGUCCUUUCGUCCUUCUCGAAGCUUCCAAAUCUGCCAAUGGUUUGGUCUCGUUCAAGCUCAAAAUACACCACGCACUCUACGAUGGUGUGAGUUUACCGAUGCUCAUCAGUAGUUUCAAGGAGCUGUGCGGCAAUACAGCGUCAAACUAUUCGAUGCAAGCAGUUACAAACAACAGCCUCUGGGGCUACUUCGUGUUGAAGCACUGCGAGGACGGCACACGAACAAAGAGAAAGCAAUUUUGGACAUCAUAUCUCGAUGGCGCUCGCAUCUCUUUGGUAUCGUGGUUUAAUCAAGCUGCUUGUUCGUCACCAGGCCCAAAAACCCGUACAGUCAAGUUCAAGAGCGCUGCUGUGAAUGAUAUCAACAAGCUGAAGAUAACUGCUUCCACACACGGUAUCACCAUACAGGCUCUCUUCUUCGCCGCCUACGCCAAGGUCCUUGUGAGCAAGUCAACCGAGUCGGCACGCCCUACCCUUGAGAAUAGUCAUCACGACAUCGUAUUCGGCAUCUAUCUUUCCAAUCGCGUCUCCUUACACGACGAAUUGCAAAAUGCGCCUUUGCCCACUCUCAGCAUAGUGCCUCUUCGAGUUCGAUUCGAGCAAGAUGAGGACCUAAUUUCCAUAGCGAAGGAGAUACAGAGGGAUGUUGGCAAAAUCAGCUCGUUCGAUAAUGCUUCUGUUGGGUUAUGGGAGAUUGAGAAAUGGACCGGUGUGAAGAUUUCGUCGUUUGUUAAUUUCCUCAGUCUGCCGGGGCAGAGUGGCGAUGGAGGUGAGCCCUCUGCAGCAGUUGAUGGAGAUGGUGUGAAUCUCUCAUUGAGUCGAUCUCCCCCAAUGACACAAUGCGCCAAGCUUGCUGAGCCGCAAGACGUACUAACAAACAGUGUGAGAGAUAUCUAUCUGGAUGCAGUUGAUAUCGAGGCUGCGAUAUCCAGUAGCCUGGAUGUUGGAGUGUUUGGUUCCGGGUCAUUGAUUCCACAGGCUGAAGCUGUAGUGGUCAUUGAACUUAUUGUGCGGGAGUUGGAAGCGGCUGUUUAGUACUCUAUCCAGUUAUAACAACAUGGCAUUUUUCUUCAAUAUUACGCUGGCACUACACUGGGAUGAAAGUGGAACAGUGCCUGAUUCCAUGGGAUGACAGGCCCCUUAGUUAGAGUUAUUUUACCAUCGAGGUCAAGUGUCGCUAUUAGUCUACUGGUUUCUAUAUUGGAGAUGGAAUCCGUGUUUCUAAUAGGGUUCCACAUGAGAAAGGGUAGACGGGCUAGAGAUCUUGGGGAUAGGCCGUUGCUAAGGGUUUGGUGCUCAGGUUCCAUCCACCAUCAGUGGACUAGCUGUAGUAAAUGUAACGAAACCUCUAAUAGUCUAGCUGCGUAAACCACUAAAGAGUCUGUAAGGGUUUGU